AUGGCUGAUUUAUUGCCUCAAUGUCUUAUUCAUAAAAUACUGUGUCUGCAUAGUUUUAAGAGAGCAGCCCAGUUGAGUAUUCUUUCUAAAACAUGGCUGCAAGCGUGGUUGACUAUUCCCAACUUGAGUUAUUCACACGGUUAUCUCGAGCACAAUAUGAAAAAAGUAAUGGAUAAUAUCAUGGAGAGAUAUCGAGAUGGAAAAAUCCCUAUUGAAAAGUUAGAUUUAUCAUACUCUGUCGAUUCUAAUGAAGUUUUUCCUUUGUUUAAUAAGUGGCUAGAUAUUGCACUUCAGAAUGGUGUAAAAGAUCUUGUCUUUCGAAUUCCUAGCCACCUUACGUCAUACCCGUUGCCUAUGUUAACAAUCUUGGCAACAAAAUCUUUAAGAGAAUUAGUAUUAACAGGUUGUGAUUUGUACUGUGUUUCAUUAUCUAGUGGUGUGGUUAAUUGCUAUUCGUUGAGAAAGCUUUCUCUAACUCAGGUAGGUUUAGGUGAUAACACGCUUCAGAUUCUACUUAAUAGUUGUCCUUUUAUUGACAACUUAAUUUUAGAUUACUGUUCUUGGUUGAAAAAGAUUGAGAUACUGAAUAAUCUUCCAAAGAUCAAGUCCGUUUUUAUUCGGAAAUCUGGCACAGAGCUUGUUAAAAUUCAAGCACCAACUCUUGAACACUUAUCUUAUUUUACUGGUGGGGAAGAGUUUGCUAUGUUCGAUAUUGAUGCUCCAAAUUUGGUGUCAUUGGAGUAUAAGGGAUUUAAAUUUCCUGCAACUUUUAUGGAUGCUAAUUUGCAAUGGAGUUGUUAUCCUACGAGAUUCGUCCUUGAUUCAACUAGCGAAACAAUUGCUAGUUUCAUGGACGUUUUAAUGCAUAUGAUGAGCUCGAGUCAUUCUACUUCUCAUGGAAGCAACAAGCCUUUGCAUCGUCAAUUAAAAGAAGUUAAAGCCGAUAAAUUUGAUUGGGAAAACCAGAGAUGGCAUUGUGAUCCUGUGGAACUUGGAAGUGAAAGGAUGGCAAUAAGGGACCUUAAGGAUAAGUUUUGCUUUUUAUUAUAUUGGUCAUGCAAUUAA